UCAGGAUUCCAUGUGUGUUCAACAGGCUGAGUCUGGGCCACUCUUCUCUGUGAGCUGUUAGCAGCUGUGGGGAACAAUCUGUGCAUGAUGAGCCCACAGCCACUUGCACGGUGUUCAAGGACUCAUUUUAGAUGCUUAGCAAGUAUUUACUAGGACAGGAAUACGACCAUGAAGAGCAGCUGGAAGAGGGUGAUUACUAUCAAGUGGCAUAUUAUUAUUACACAGUGACCCCUAAUUAUGAUGACUUCAGUGUAAACUUCACUGUUGAUUACUCCGUGUUUGAGUCAGAGGAUAGGUUGAACAGGUUGAAUAAGGAGGUAACAACAACAGAAGCGGUAGAGACUACAGCCUCUUCAUACAGUCUUCAUACAGAACUUAUGGACCCUCAGAAUCCUGUAACCACGAAACCAGUGACCACAGAACCAGUGACCACAGAACCAGUGACCACAGAACCAGUGAGUCAAAUGGGGAUUGAGGAGGAGGACGGUAUGACAUCUCUUACCCAGACAGAUCCUAGGGCUCGUGACCUGCAGGAAACAAGGCAGGUUUUGCAGGAGGGCAGAACUGUGUCAUUAAUGCUGCUAUGGAGGUAUUGUUGUUUGGUUUUCUUUUACUGUAAUAAAACACUGACAAAACCAGCGAGGGGAAGAAAGGGUUUAUUUUGUCUUACAACUACGCAGUCAUGUUUCAUCCUUGACAGAAGUCAGGGCAGGAGCUUGAGGCAGGAACUGAAGCAUAGACUUGGGAGGACACUGCUCACUGGCUGACUCCCAUGGCUUGCUCAGCUCACCCUUUUAUACCACUUGCCCACAGUGGGCUGGGCGCUCCCACAUCAAUCAUUAAUCAAGAACAUUCUCCCAAAGACAUUCCCACAGUCCAAUCUGACAGAGGCAAUUCUCCAAUUGAGGCUCCAGCUUCCCAAGUGUGUUUGUGUGUGUAGGUGUGCAUGUGUGUAUAUGUGCGUGUGUGUGUGUGUGUGUGUGUGUGUGUGUGUGUGUGUGUGUGUGUGUAGGUGUGCAUGUGUGUGUGUGCCUGUGUUGAGGACAGAGGACAACUUUAGGGACUCAGUUUGUUGGGCUUGAGUGCCGUGAGCUUUUACCUGCUGAGCUGUUUUGCCAAUCCGGAUUUUGUUUUAGAUGUAACUUGAGACUGAUGCAGCUUUGGCUUGUGUGGUGUUCUGUAAGGAGACAUGAACUUAGACUCAUUACCGUUAAGGUAAGAGUGAAAGCUGCCAAAGGAAAAACCUCAGAACAAAUAGCUAUUUUUGGUGUCUUGGGUAUGACAGGAGAGUCUACAGAGGGAGACAGUAUAAAGCAGGAAAAAAAAUGUGCAAGGGCCUGCAUAGGUAAUUGGAGAAUUAUGUUUUCACCAUGUGGAGUUAGGGGACAGGAAGCUUCCUUGCAGGACAGGAGGAGGAGGAGAAAAAAAUCCGAAUAGGCCGCCUGUGGGGAUGUUGGAUGGAAGCAGGACCAACCAGAAAGACCUAUUUAAAAACAAAACAAAACAAAAAAAUUGGCUGGUCAUAGUGGGAAAUGCUUUUAAUCCCAACACUCUAGAGGCAGAGGCAGGUAAAUGUUUAUGAGUUCAAGGCCAGGUUGGUCUGCACAGCAAAUUCUAGGACAGCCAGGCUACACGGUCCUCAUAGGAGAAACCUUUUUUGAGCAGUAAGAUGGCUCUUCAAGUAAAGGCUGCCAAGUCUGAGGAGCUGGCCCAUGUUUGAUGCCUGAGACCGACGUGAUAGGAUAGAAGAGAUUCCAAGAGUUGUCCUUUGACCUCCACACUUGUAACAUCCUAUACUCUUCCACCUAAAUAAGUAAAUGUAAAAAAAAAAAAAA